AUGAUCAUUGAUAAAGCUCAUCAAAAAACUCUUUAUGGAGGAAUCCAAAAGACUUUAUCCAUUCUAGAUGAAUUCUGGAUUAUAGGAGGAAGAACUUCAGUCAAAUCAGCAAUCUGGAACUGUGUAAGAUGUGCAAGAUUCCGACAAAUCAAGAGCCAACAACUAAUGUGUCAAUUACCAAUUCAUCGAGUUACUCUUUCUCGUCCCUUUUUGCAUACCGGUGUUGACUAUGCUGGACCAUUCAUGCUAAAAACUUGGAGAGGACGCAAUGCUCGUGAAUAUAAAGCAUACAUUGCCUUAUUUGUCUGUGAAUCUACGUCAGCUAUUCAUCUAGAGCUUGUCACCGAAUAUACAACUAAUGCCUUCAUAGCAGCUUAUAAACGGUUUACUGCCAGACGUGGGAUUUGUGCAACAUUGAGAAGCGAUUGUGGAACCAAUCUCAAAGGAGCGGACUCGGAACUUCGAAACCUCUUUUCUUCAACAUCAAAACAGCUUGGUAAACUAGCUUCACUCCUCGCCAAUGACGGUACUCAAUGGUUGUUUAAUCCUCCUUCUGCUCCUCAUUUCGGUGGAGAGUGGGAAUCUGGAGUGAUAUCAACAAAACACCAUUUUCGUAGAGUAAUAGGAGAUCAACAACUAACUUACGAAGAAAUGAGUACCUUCCUGACUCAAGUUGAAGCUGUUUUGAACUCAAGGCCUCUUUGUUCGCUCACUGAAGAUCCUGAUGAUCUUUCCGUGCUAACUCCUGGUCAUUUUCUUAUAUGA